AAUAAUCAGCUUGGCCUCCUGGACGAAAGCAGUCAUGUUCGUCAGGUAACAGAACAUUUGCAUGGAGCAGUACGAACGAGCAAAUCAACAGCAAUAAUUGAUACAAUUCUCAAUGAUAUCCAUCAAGGAUCGGAUCAUUCCUGGCGCAGUUGUCUGUCCAGCAAUGCUAAUCGAUCAUCCUGUAUCUAUGGUACUGCUGGUGAUGAUAUAUCAGUGAGAACAUCAUCACCAACACCAAGUACAUGUACAUGGCCUGCUUCUGUUGAUGGUUAUACUUCAAAUUCGGGUUCAUCAUCGUUGCGGGCCCAUACGAUAUCAAUUGGGGAGCAGACACGGCGUGCAGCAGUCAGUUCGAGAACCUAUACACCACCAUCACCAUCACAACCGUUCACUUUUGCCCUCAAAAAACCACCGCUACCGAAAAGAACCAUCACAGCAACGAAUUCAGUGGUCAGCACAAUACCCGAUUUCACUGGAUCAUCGGACGAACAAACAUUUAAACGGAACGGAAGUUUGCUGUCGUGUUCAUCGACCGAUAUAUCGAGCGAGACAACAGUGCGACGGCCAUCCAGACCGCUAAGUUUUGCAUGUGAAGAUGUGGUAACGGCACGCCCGAACGGUACACCACCAACAGUUCGUAAUGGCCCUGUUAAUAAUGGUACCUGUACAGCGAAUGAUGGAAAUGCUCAGGCAAAAAAAAAUAUUUCACUGAUCGCGGAAACGAUUGAGCAAAUUGACAAACUUGGCUCCGAAUUGGAUUCCUACUGUAAUACAGCACCGGUUUCUGUAACACAUCAAACAAUUCGUUUUCGUUCGGGUAGUUGUAAGCCUCCGCCACCGCCCGAACGACGUAAUUCGACGAUCACAGCAGCCACUCCAACAGCACCUUCGGUUGCCGAAAUACGAGCUGCUGGUGGUACCACGGCAGCAUCAUCUGAAUACGCUUCAUCCAUUGCUUCGUCCAGUGAAUUUAGCCGCGAUCAGUUCACAAUGCGAUAUGUUUGA